AUGCGACAUGCUAAGGUUUAUGAUGCAGUGGCAGGUAAUGAGUGGAACAUUAGAGGAGGGAGGAGCCGGCGGUUCCAUGGACUCUAUGAUAGUAUCUUAGCGCUUGUGCCUCCGGCCCCUGACAAAGGAAAAGAUAUUAUAAUGUGGAAGCAUGGCGAUGAUGACUACAGGCCAACGUUCUCAGCCGCUAGGACGUGGGAUCAACUCAGAAUUAAGAAAAGCAAAGUGGAGUGGUGCAGAGUGGUCUGGUUCGCGCAAGGGGUGCCUCGCUUUUCUUUUAUAACCUGGUUAGCCAUACGGAACAGACAGUCGACAGGUGAUCGUAUGCGGGCUUGGGGUAUUGUGCAAGGGUGCGUGUUAUGUGGAGAGAGAGACGAAACAAGAGAUCAUCUCUUCUUCGCUUGUCCAUAUUCAUAUACGAUAUGGGAGCCUCUUGCAUGCCCGCUUAUUGGGAGAAAUAUCAAUCCGGAUUGGUAA